AUGAGUCUCCCUGAGUCAUAUGAAGUGAAAAUGCCACAAGAAAUGCAAUUAACCAAUGUAGAAGAUAUACAUGAUGUGCCAAUUGCAGCGAACUACACAGAACAAUUUACCACAGACAGGGUUUUUGCUACUCGGGAGGAGCUUUUGGAUUGGGCUAAGAAUGUAGGAAAGCAACAUGGCUUUGUGAUCAUAAUUAGAAGGUCUGAUUGUGGGAGCAAGGGUCGUGGGAGUAAAGGCAGACAGGUGGCUACUUUGGUGUGUGAGCUGAGCGGAAAGUACAAACAAUACAAGCCUGUGUUGGUGCGGAAGGGGACAGGAACCAAGAAAUGUGAUUGUCCGUUCAGGCUCAAGGCGAGAUACACAUCAGAAGAUGGUUUGUGGAGGUUGACUGUAGUCCGUGGCGACCACAACCAUCAGCCAGCCGAGACUUUAGUUGGCCAUGCCUAUGCCGGUCGCCUUACAAGUCAAGAAAAGGAUAUGGUUGCUCAAACGGUUGACAAUAGAGUGAAUCCAGGUAACAUGUUGCUUGCAUUGAAGGAUGCCAACCCUCAAAAUGUGACUACCAUAAGGCAAGUGUACAAUGAGCGGAUGACACACAUUAGGGCCAAAAGGGGACAAUUGUCAGAGAUGCAACACUUGAUGAGGUUGUUGGAGGAAGACAGGUACACGCACUGGUCCAGAAAUGAAGAGGGUUCCACGGUGAUCCGGACCUUAUUCUGGGCCCAUCCAGUUUCCAUCCAACUAUUCAACCAAUUUCCUACUGUUGUCUUGCUUGAUAGCACGUACAAGACCAACAAGUAUAUGAUACCAUUGUUGGAGAUGGUUGGCAUGACAUCAGUUGGAUUCACAUACACAAUCGGUUUUGGCUACAUGUGCAAUGAACGUGAUACCGAAGUUACAUGGGCACUUGAAAAACUAAGGGGGUUGCUACUUAAAGAAGAGGACAUGCCUAAAGUCAUGGUUACUGACAAAGACACUGCUUUGAUGAACGCAGUUACAACCACAUUCCCUACAACAGCUCACUUGCUAUGCCAAUUCCAUAUUGCUAAGUGUGUAAAGGCAAAGUGCAAGCUCACUAUCCAAGACAAGGAGAUGUGGGAUGAUGUCGGGGACGCAUGGAAUAGAGUCAUGUAUGCCGAGUCAGCAGAGGAGUUUAAUACAGGCAUGAACUUCUUACGUUCACUUGUUGGGGAGCACUCUGGCCUCAUGAAUUACAUUAAGGAAACUUGGUUGCCGUUUAAGCACAAGUUUUUGAAGUAUGCGAUUGACCAUUACGUGCACAUGGGUAACACAACUACUAACAUGGUUGAAGGUGCCCACGCAAAACUGAAAGCGUGCAUCAAAGAUAGCAAGAGUGACAUGUGUGCGGCUUGGGCAGCUAUACAUAGGUGCACACUUCUCCAGCAUACAAGGAUUAAUGCUGCUUUUCAGGCAAGUAUCUUCAUCAGAGAGCAUACGUUUAAGGAUAAGUUGUACGACAACCUACGUGGUGUAGUCUCAAGAUAUGCCCUCAUGUUGAUCGCAAAGGAAAAAGCGCGCGUUGGAAAAUGCUGCUGCACUAUCAGGAGGACACACGACCUGCCUUGCUCAUGUCGCCUUGGUAUGAUGAACACUAUUCCAUUGACAGCAGUGGACCAACAUUGGAGGAGGCUUACAUCAACAUCUGCACCUGAUGAAUCCCAACCUGUUUUGGGAUUGAGCAUUGCGACAGAGUUAGAAGUCAUUGCAAAGAUGCUUGAAGAAGCUAAUGUUUCAAGAAGACAAGCUAUCAAAGAGAGGCUUCGGGAGAUUGCAUAG